ACGGUCUCAUGAGCUUCCGUGUCUGUUUCUCACAGCCUGCAGAAGAGAAAGAAGCCCUUCUCCUUAAGGACGAGUACCAAGAGAAGAUGUCCGAGUCCACCUUCCUGUACCUGACGCUGGAUCUGCCCACCGCACCCCUCUACAAAGAUGAGAAGGAGCAGCUCAUCAUUCCUCAGGUUCCUCUCUUCAACAUCCUGGCCAAGUUCAACGGAAACAAUGAGAAGGAGUACAAGACAUACAAAGAGAACUUUCUGAAAAGGUUCCAGCUCACCAAACUUCCUCCGUACCUCGUCUUCUGCAUGCACACUUAA